AUGGCAGAUCCAACAGUCCCUCCUGAUCUCGCCUCGAUCCUAGCGACCCUUGCACAAUUCGCACCUCAGCAACAAAAUUCACAACAAAUCUCAUCACCCACAGCCACAACUACCACAAUCGCGGAUCCUAGAUUACAGAGACGCCAAAACAACCGAUCAUCAGCUCAACCCUUUACUCAAAUACCGAAUGAGCUUCAGCAAAACAAUCACCAGCCGUCAAAUGCAUAUAACCCUCAAGCUACUGUCUUUCAACCUGUAAUCCCACAAGGACGAGUAACCACACAGCCAUCGAGGACAUCGACACCUCAGCAACAAGAACAGACUAUAAUUGAUCCUGCAACAAUCACCGAAUGGUCUGCUGGGUUGCGAUGUGUGACCAAGAUUGCCGCACAAAACCAACACUUUGCAGAAAAGAUUCGAGGUGUAAGUUAUGUUCAUAAUUAUGCUCUUCAAUGCCAAACUAAUUGUGAAUCUCAANNGUUGAUCAACGAUCAAAGACGAAAUGAAAUGCAAUGCAAAACAAUCGGCAGCACAGAUGCUCCCUCAACCCCCAAACCCCCGAGGAAAAAAGCAGCCGAACUCCACGCCUUUGACCAAAAACUCUACAAAGCCCAGCUCGACAUGAAUGAAUCAAUGUCUCAAGUGCUCAAACAUUUGGGUGUUCCUUUCUUUGGCACUCAUGCUGCGUUGAUCUUACCCGAUCAUGAUGGCAAAGAGGGAACGGAAGGUAAGGUGAUGGAUACACAAGGCGAACGACCGAAAUGGUCACCGAGGGUCACAGGCAAGGAGCUGCUAGAAUUGAAAAAGAGGAUGGUGGCGUAUCUGGAAGAUAUGUAUAAGAGUUGA